UUAAUGUUCAUGUUGCAGUUGCAUAUCCCUUGUUUGGUAACCAGCGCGGUGAUCACCCACUGCAGCUAUGGUGUAAUUGGUAAGUUUUUUUUAAUAGAAUAUUACUAGAAUAUAGUUUUAGUAGAAUAUAUUUUUAUAGUUUUAAUAGAAUAUAUAGUUUUGAUGGGAGGCUUAUGAUACCAGCAUUUUUUUAAUUUUCAGAUCCUUGUACACAGGCAGCUUUUUCAAACUGAAAAUGUUCUAGUGCUGUUGAACAUGCUGCUACAGGCAAGUGCAGUGAUGCCUUAUUCUAGCCUUGUGAGAGUAAAUAUUUGCUUAAUCUUUAAGAAUCUCAAUUAUUACUUCGUUGGCAUUUAUUGAAGAUGGGAUCGAUUUCCAAGUUUAUCUCCAUUUUCAAGAUCUUUUUCCCACCCAUGUGAAGUGUCACCUCAAGUUUUUAUGGAAGUUUCUCAUGAUCCUUGUACUUGGACUGGUGCUAAGAAGCCAAUUCUGGGAGAUGAAAUCUGCACCUUCGGUGUGUGGGGUAAUCUCAGUUACAUAUCAGAAAACAUGGAUCCUGCUAACAACUAUGCCCCAUUAUUUGAAGCACAACUGGAGUUGCAAGAACCAGAUCUGGUGUUUAUUCCAUCAUUAAAUCCUGAAGAUGAUGACAGUUUUUCCAAAUUAAUAGACAGUAUUAUUCAGGAUAUUCUAAAGAUGGCAAGUCUUGUUCCUCGCAUAUCUCAAGGGAAGGAAGCAAAGGACUAUCAAACAGAGAUUGAAAAUAAUGAAGAUAUACAAGAAAUGAGGAAAGAAAUAUUUGAAGCUGUGCAGAAAGUACUUAAUGAGGCUCAGAUGUUCAGUGAAGAGUUUGAAAAUUAUUCUUAUUUGUGGCUGGAUGAUCGUGAAAGUUACAUGCAACAGUUUUUGGAUUAUGGUCGACAACUGUCUUUGGAGGACCAGGAGAAGUUGGCUCUGGAAGGAGACAAUGCCAUUCCCUUUUCUUCACCAACACUGGAAGCAUUCAAAGAACAGAUUGAUCAAUUUGAAAGUUUGUAUGCUGAAGUGGAAGUGUUGGAGUCCAUGCAGGUCUUUAAUUGUUGGUUUCAACUUGAUGUGCGGCCCUGCAAGCAUGCCCUUCUGAACACAGUGUGCAAAUGGGGCAGCAUGUUCAAACAGCACCUGGUGGAUCAUGUGACAAGCAGGUGAAUUGCCUGCCUGCUUGCAUGCUCUGAGAGCCUUCUGCAUCCCCUCUGCUUCUCUGCUCAAUUUUCAAAUGAUGUACUUGGUGGUACCUACAUUUGUUUUGGUCAUGCCUCACCUAAAUGAUUCUAAAAGCCAAUUGACCCCUAGUCUUUCCCCCUUUCUCAGUAUUCAUGGGCAUUUUUGGCUUGUAAAAUUGGGGGAGGAGAACAUCAAAGGAAAUGUGUACCUCUACAGAAUUCUCGUAAAGUCCAUGAUAUUUUUUUACUUGUUUCAUUGAAGUUAAUAAGGAGCAUGCAACAGAUAAAAAAAGUUGAAGGUAAAUCACAGCUAUUCAGGAAUUCAGUAAUGUACUCUGACAAUAAACUUAGAAAACAACAACAGCCAAGAAGACGGUGCCAACUAUGGUUCAGUAGUUAGAGUGGUAGUGUUGGAAGGCAAUGUAGUAUUUGUUCCUCUUCAAUAAAUAUGAAAACAGGCUCAUGGGAGUAGUUUUACUUAUCAGUUGAGAAGCCCAUGCAUUUUUUUGAUAAUGAACAGCAAAUCAUUUUUGUGUCCAUUCAUGUCACUACUUCACUGUCUGAAUAUUAUAUUACAAAUAAAUAUCAUUAUUAUAGUGUGUUAUACUGAAAGUACCUAUGGAAAAAAAUGAAAUUAGAAUAAAACUACUGGAUGAACUUGAAAAUAUUGGGAGUAUUUUCCCUUGCAAGAGACACCUGUGAGAUAAUUGUGUGUGGGUGGUAAACACUUAAGGAAGACUGACAACUUUGAAAUCUUGAGCAGUCAUUUACCUCGGACGCUAUGUACCCAGGGCAGGUGCUUCCUGUAGGCAAACCAGGCAAUGGGGCACAAACCAAGAGAUCACAAUUUUGGUACAUUUUUUAUACUAAAUAUUAUUUUAUUUUUUUAUUUUGGCUUAUUGGUGCUUAUCAUAUAUUUAAUAAAUAAUUAUUCAUUUUGUGAGAAGAAAGCUUUGAUAUGCAUAAUUUAUUAUUGUUUCAAUAAUUGUUGAAUUAAUUUUAGUUUAUCAUUCUUUUCUUUAUGUUGAUAUUCUGAACAAUAAUAAGCAUUUGUGUUUAUUAUUUCUCUAAAUCAAGCAUUUAUCUGGAGGGUUAACAUCUCGCUUUGGGGUGCAAAAUGACCUGACCCCCCCCCCUCCCCCCAUGCAUGUACCUGUGCUGUUC